CUGAUGAUUAAUUAAGUUAAGAAAAUGGCUAAUAUCUCACUUCGUAAAUUAGAAGAAUAUUUGCAACAAGUGGAUGGAUUUGAGAAGCCAAAAAUAUUACUUGAACAAUAUUCUACUAGUGCUCACAUUGCAUCGUGCAUGUUAUACUGUGCUCAAUCACAAUUUGAUGAUAUAGAAGGGCGUACAAUAGCUGAUUUAGGUUGUGGAUGUGGUGUUUUAUCCUUUGGAGCACAGAUGCUUGGUGCAAGUCAUGUAAUUGGCUUUGAAAUAGAUUCUGAUGCACUUGAAAUUUAUUCUAGAAAUUGCAAUGAAAUAGAACUAUUUGUAGAAGCUGUACAGUGUGAUGUACUUCAAUAUUUACCAGGAAGGUUUGAAAACUAUUUUGAUACAGUAAUUAUGAAUCCACCCUUUGGAACAAAACAUAAUGCAGGUAUAGACAUGAAAUUUUUAGAUAUUGCUAUUAAAUUAGCAUCAAGUACUGUAUAUUCUUUACAUAAAACGAGUACACGUAAUUAUGUUCUUCAAAAAGCUGCACAAUUUGGAGUCAAAAGUAAAGUUAUUGCUGAAUUGAAAUAUGAUUUACCAAAAGCAUAUAAGUUUCACAAAAAAACCUCAAUGGAUGUUGAAGUAGAUUUUAUACGGUUUGAAUUAAAUCAAUGAAAUAUUUUCAUGAAAUCAA